AUGGCACCAAAAGAAACACCACUUCCUCUUCACGACACCCUACGAGACCUUGCUCUUCUACGGGCUUCUUGUGUUGACCUUUCUGGUCUGAUUGCUGAUGAUACGACAUCCUCACAGGCUUCGAGAGAGGUCGAAGAGGUUGAAAAGUCCACAAUACAAUCAUACGCGUUCGUGCGAGAAGCGCGGACGGCGUUGAGAUUGCACAAUUCAGGAGAGGCGCAAAAGCAGGCGACAAGGAUCGAGAAGGUGCAAGUGGAGCUGGUAGAUGUGCUGAGAAGUUUGUCGGAUUGA